AUGAGGAUCCUUCCCCUCCUGUACCUCGUUGGUCGCGUUGCGGCCGUGUGGCCUGCACCCCAGUCUCUCACCAAGGGUAACUCUACUGUGUGGCUUGCUGAGGACUUUCGGGUCUCAUAUAACAAUGAGGAUAUUCCGCAAUCCACGGGUGCAGAUGAGUCAAUCCCAACAAUCUCGAGCGUGGAAAUCAUCAAAGCCGCCGUGCAGAGGACUAGGGAGUCCAUCUUUACGAGUAGCAUUGUUCCUUGGAAGUUUCACCCACGGAAUGAGCUGGAUCAAUUUGAACCCCCCUCGUCCGGCAAAGCUAAAACCUAUAUUCGCAGACUUCAGAUCACCCAGACCACAGAGGAUAGUGAUUCGACAUUCAAGCCCCUUGCAGGUGCGAUAGACGAAACUUACAACUUAACAAUUGGGCUGGAUGGUGCAGCAUCAAUUGUAGCAGCAUCGUCUACCGGUGUGCUCCGUGCCUUGGAGACUUUCACUCAGCUAUUUUAUUCUCACUCCAUCAAAGGAGUAGGAGUCUAUUCUAAUCUCGUCCCCGUUCAUGUACACGAUGAGCCAAAGUUUGGCUACCGAGGUUUGGACUUGGAUGUGUCGAGAAACUGGUAUCCCAAGGAACACAUUCUGCGGACCAUCGAUGCCCUGUCUUGGAACAAAUUUAAUCGGCUACACCUCCACAUGACUGAUGCACAGUCUUGGCCGCUGGAUGUUCCCGCACUUCCAGAGCUGUCCAAGGAAGGCGCCUAUGGGGCUGGACUGUCCUACACACCUCAGGACAUCGAAGACAUUCAGGUCUAUGGGGUCUAUCGGGGCAUCGAAGUUAUAAUAGAGAUAGACAUGCCCGGUCACACAACCUCUGUUGGAUUCUCACACCCAGAGCUUAUCACUGCAUUCCGUCAAGAGCCAUGGCAGAAUUACUGUUCCGAACCGCCAUGUGGACAAUUGAAGCUGAAUUCCACGCUGGUUCAUGACUUUGUCACCACACUUCUCAAUGACAUUCUACCCCGGGUCUCACCAUAUUCAGCCUAUUUCCACACCGGUGGGGACGAGAUUGACACUCGCGACCACCUGCUGGAUGAUACGGUAAAGUCGGACGACGUUGCUGUUCUCGCCCCGCUGCUGCAGAAGUUUGUCGAUCACGCCCAUGGCCUGGUCAGAAAGGCAGGGCUAGUCCCAAUUGUAUGGGAAGAAUUAGUUCUUGACUGGAAUAUUACCCUUGGGGAUGAUGUUAUAGUCCAGACCUGGAUCGAUGACAAAUCCUUGGACGAGGUAACCGCGCGCGGGCACAAAGCUCUCUUCGGAGAUAACCCAAGCUGGUAUCUUGCCUGCGGCCAUGGCAAAUGGUUCAACUUCGACAACGCCGAUACACAAGCCAACUAUCCGUAUACUGACUUCUGUUCGCCCAUUAAUAACUGGCGAGUGAUGUAUGAGUACGACCCAACAGCCUCUCUGUCGGCUGCGCAAGCCAAACUGGUGGUCGGUGGCGAGGUCCAUCUGUUUAGCGAGCAGACUGAUCCUUCGAACCUCGAUCCGAUGAUCUGGCCACGUACAAGUGCGGCUGGGGAAGUGAUGUGGUCUGGGCGUCAAGAUUCAAGGGGGCAGAAUAGGAGCCAGAUUGACGCGGCUGUGCGAUUGUCUGAGCUCAGAGAGAGAAUGGUGCUGCGCGGGGUCAACCUAGCACCGGUCCAGAUGGCUUAUUGCACACAGUAUGAUGGUGAUUGCACAUGGUGA